ACACCCUGAGGGGAGCGGGGCCCCUGAGGGGAGCGGGACACCCUGAGGGGAGCGGGGCCCCUGGCGGGGAGCGCGAUCCCAUGAAGAGCUGAGGAGAGUGGGGCCCCGGCGGGGAGCGGGACACUCUGAGGGGAUCGGGACCCUCUUGGAGUGCUGAGGGCGUUGGGGUGACCUGAAGCGCUGAGGGGAGCAGAAACCCCUGGAAAUGCCGAGGGGAACGGGGCACCCUGAGGGAAGGAGGACUCUCCUGAAAUGCUGAGGGGAUCGGGGUCCCCUGAAGCGCUGARGGGAGAGAGAGCUCCUGAGGAGAGCGGGAUCCACUGAGGAGAUGGGGGGAUGGGGGUGCCUGUGGGGAGCGGGACUCUGGGAAUGCUGAGGGGUCGGGACCUCUGAAGAGAUCGGGAUCCCCCUGAAGUGCUGACGGGGUUGGGGUCCCAGAGGAGUUUGGGGAAGAGUUUGGCACUCCUUACGAAGGGAGCUGUGUCGGGGAGGCCGGAGUGUCCCGCAGCAGAGUUCAGCCUGGUGCUGCUUGUUGAACUCCCCCGCAGCUGUGAGUGCUGUGCCCGGGGCCAAGGAAAUGCUAUUAAAUCGUAGUGGUUUCACCUGAAGAAUCCCURAGAGGUGCUGCUGUGGUGUAAAAGAUGAGGCUGAAUGAGAGCCGGACGAGAUCCUUCCAGGCUCCUGUCACUGUCCACAACUUCCCGGGCAGGCAGGUGUACGUGUUUCCCAAUGGCCGAUCCGACUCAGAGGAGUCCUCAGAGGAGGAGCUCAACGUGAUGGAAYUGCGGCCCAGGGGCAAGGAGCAGCAGCGGGGCAGCACUGCCCGGGACAGGCUUGCAGACGUGGUGCUUCUGGAGCGGGAGAUCACCGAGGAUGAYAACCUGAACAAGCUGGCCCUGCAGUAUGGCUGUAAGGUUGCGGAUAUCAAACGGGUCAACAACUUCAUCCGGGAGCAGGACCUGUACGCGCUGAAGUCCAUCAAGAUCCCGGUGCGGCCGCACGGGCUGCUCACGGAGAGCACCGAGGCGCUGAGGCCGCCCCCGGCGGGGCCCGCCCAGCCCGGCCUGAGGCGCGUGGAGCCGCCCGAGCCCGAGCCCGAGCCCGCUGCGAGCGGCUCUGCUGGCAGCCGGCGCCUCAGCGAGUACUUCAGGGGCAUCGACCAGAGCAUCCAGGACGCCGUGCAGGUGGAGGUGCAGCUGAACASCGAGUACGGCGUGGACGUGCUGGAGAGGCCCCUGCCCCAGGCUGGGAAGAGGGAGACUGGGAAUGGUGCAGACUGUGGAAUCCAGUGGUGGAACGCCGUUUUUAUUAUGCUCCURAUAGGAAUUGUCCUGCCGGUAUUCUAUAUCAUCUAUUUUAAAACACAAGGCCUGGUGGCCCACUCCUCUAACAGAACAGUAGACUUAAAUGUUUCGACAGCUGGAUUGGAAGGGAAAGCUGUAGGAAAAAARUCCUAAGGGGAGAGGGCAGCCCUCUCCAGCCUCUCCAGCAGUGAUGCCCAUACGCUUGUGACUGACUCAAGUGCAUCCAAGGGGAUUCAACAAUACAGAUUAUUUUUAAGUAGCUGAUGAUGUAAUCCUGAAUUUGACUGAAAAUGAGGUGAUGUGAUAUUGAUGGGAAAAUAAGGAUGCUUUGCKUACAGAGAUCAUCACCCAGGUAGCUUAAGAGUUGGGAACUCUAUUGAGGGAAAGUAUUUUGUAGCAAUUUACUCAUUGUGGUUGCUUCAGGUAUUAAUGCUGUAUCUAGAAGCAAAUCCUUUGCUGCUGAGCUAGACAGUGCAGUAUUAACAUGGUUGAAAUGUCUGGGGUUUUCAUUUUAAGGAAACACUUUUUGCUGGAGUAGAAGGAGGGGACUCCUUUUCUUCAACUGUCAUUUUUAUCUCUUGUAGACCAUGAUAGUUUUGGUGUGCUUGACCCUAAUGAUGCCUUCUGGAGCUCUAAGCUGGGUGUGCCAGGGCACAAGGACACUGCCAGCACCCACCUUGUCAUCCCCCUGAGCAAACACUUGAGCUGUGUUCAUUAGGAUGCCCAGCAAUGGGAAGGGUGAGCCCAGACCUCUUCCCACAGUGAAAUCUUUCAGAGAUCUUGAGAUCCAGAGAUCUCUGUGUGGGAUCUGUGCUGUCCAGGGUCACUGCUCAGCCCUGCUUGGCCUCGGUGGGCAGGAGGUGUUGGAAGAGGACAGCAGAGCAGGAGAGAGGAGUCAAAUGCACUCGAGGGCUCGUUUGCUGGCAGGAGGUUUAGUCAGUAUUACUUGCUAAAAAAACUAACAAUGGUCUAUAGUGGUGCUUAUCAAACACCCGGGUUCAGCCAUGGAAUUUGUUCCUUGUGCACAGUGUGGGUGGGAGUGAAGUGUUGAGUUGGGUACAGGUUACAAGGUCCAGGACAGAAGUCCAAGAAGAAAGAAGGGUGAAGCCUGUGUAGGACAAGAGUGUGAAGCUGCUGAUGGUGACAGAUUUCUGUGAACUGACAAUGUGCAGGAAGAAGCAGUGGAGCUUUGGAGGGCAGUAGAGGCGUUGGUCAGCCCAAGAGCUGUGCUCUUCAGCACCAGUCAGCAAACACUACCUGCUGCAAGGGAGCAGCAAGGGAGGCCUUGGGAGCUUUGCUACACAGAAGAAUUUGCCUCAGAAAUUGGAUUCAGAAAAUUCGAGGCCUGUGGGCAGAGAUACAGGCUUUCCUGGAACCAAACACUACAGGACUUGGAGUGGGCAGUGCCCGUGGUGCUGAGGUGAGGGCAGAGCUGGUGGGCAGGUGCAAGAAGCCGUUGUUUGUCCUCCACAGCACGAUCAGAGCCUUUCCAGCGUCCCUUGGCAGCCCGAGGCCUGCAGGGGGAAGAGCAGGGGGUGGAGUGGGGCUGGUAAAGGCAAAGCUGGCAAGGGCUGUGCUACAAGCAGCUGUUUGUGCAGCUGUAACCUCAGCCUGGCCAGAGAAGAGCAGCCUGGUGAUGUCUGUUGGGACAGGGAGAAUUGAAGCUUCUCCAGCAAGGUGAGGAGCUCCACACCACACAAGCAGAACCAUGUGCUGUUAGAAUAAGAACCUGUGUUUCUUGCAGCUCUCARAAGUGGGAACCGAAUUUUGUAAACAAGAGCUCCAAAGUAUCUUACACUGAACAAAAACUUGUAUUUUUCUUCUGUGAAGAGCUGUAUCUCUUUGUUCUGGGGUGGGGGGGGAAUUCUUACAUUUUUAAAUAAAGCCACAUGAAAUAAAAGCACAA